AUGUCUGGGGCCUCGUCCUGUGCAGGAGAUAUGCGAGCAGUUGCGCGUGCAUCUCUUCAUCGCGGCAGACAGCAAGUCCAUGACGUACUACCCGAGCAGCGAGGCAAAGACCGAGCUUUGUGCGCCGUCAUCGAGAGCCUGCCCCUCCCAUUCGCGAGCCUGGCUCUGGCUGCCGACAAGGCUAGGCGCGCUGACCUCAACCGCACCUUGAGCGACUGGAAGACGGCGGCGGCUGGACGCGUGCGCGACAUUGCGCUGUCGAAACUCGGUCUUUUCCGCGACGAGCGGGACGUGCAAAGCCCGUGGGCUGCACCUAGGGCACGUUUGGUGGCGAGGGUCCGGGAGCGACUUGCUCUGACGCUGGAUGGGGAGGACGUAUUCGCUAUCUCCAAUUGGAUCGAGGCCUGUGCCCGUGCGGCGUUCAAGCCGCGGAUGAUCAACGGCACUGUGACGCUGAAGCUGUACCACAUGGCGUGGCUCGAGCACGUGGUGACCGAUGCCAUCCGCUUCUGGGAGACUCGCAAGGGCAGGCUGUCCAACACUGCGGGUGUCAACGCGCAGAUCGUGGACGGCCUCCGCGAGUGUGCCCUGACGGACGUCAUGGCGGCUGUCGAUGAGUUCCAGCCGGCGUACGACGCAACCACUUCAUCUUGGGAAUGGGCCUCCCACUCUCCCCUUCCCGCCGCCUACCACCCUUCCCCACUUCCUCGUCGUGUUCUCCCAUUGUCCCCUGCCUGCCUUGCAAUCUCCCCUUCCAGUCUCAGCCUUGUCAGCCUGCUUGUCAUCCCCCUCUCCCCAUUCCUUCAUCCCCCCUCCCCAAUCCUUUCAUCCCCCUCCCCAUCCCUUCAUCCCCCUCGCUCCCCAUCCCUUUAUCCCCCUCUCCCCAUCCCUUCAUCCCCCUCCCCCAUCCCUUCAUCCCCCUCUCCCCAUCCAGUCAUCCCCCUCUCCCCAUCCCUUCAUCCCCCUCUCUCCAUCCCUUCAUCCCCCUCUCCCCAUCCCUUCAUCCCCCUCUCCCCGUCCCUUCAUCCCCCUCUCCCCAUCCCUUCAUCCCCCUCUACCCAUCCCUUCAUCCCCCUCUCCCCAUCCCGUCAUCCCCCUCUCCCCAUCCCUUCAUCCCCAUCUCCCCAUCCCUUCAUCCCCAUCUCCCCAUCCCUCCAUCCCCCUCUCCCCAUCCCUUCAUCCCCCUCUACCCAUCUCUUCACCCCCCUCUCCCCAUCCCUUCAUACCCCUCUCUGUUAG